UAGAGCGCACACGUGGAUCAUGAAGCCCUCAGCAGCAGACGAGCAAGUUCCUCUCGAUCAUUCUCAGGUAAAGAAAGCAGUGCAGGCAUUGCUUGCUUAUCUGAAGAGCACAUCAUCCCAGAAACAACUCCUCAAUGAGAGUCAACAAAUUGGUCUUCUCUUCACGCAAUGGAAGAUCCCCAAACAAGAACAGACCAUUCGCAUCCCGUUGCCUCACGCGAUCCGUAAUGAGUCUGUUGAUUACUGCCUGUUUACACGAGACGAACCCAACAUGACUGCAGACCAGACUGAAAGGUUCUACAAGAAAUUACUUACACAGAUAGGAGUCAACCACAUUCCUGAGGUGAUUUCAUUUAAAACACUGAAGACGGAGUAUAAGACGUUUGAAUCAAAGAGGAGACUGCUCGGCAACUUUGAAAUCUUUCUGGCAGAUGCCCGAAUUCGUCGCCGCUUACCCUCCCACGUUGGGAAGCAUUUUUAUGAGCGGAAAAAGGCUCCUCUAUCUGUGGACCUGACCAGCAAACAUUUAGCCAGAGAUCUGGAGCGUCUUGUUCAGGGCACGACCCUCAACAUCACAAAGAAAGGAUCCUGCUGCAUGGCGCGUGUAGCUCACUCAGACAUGACAGCAGAUGAGAUUGUUGAAAACAUCGUCACAGCAGUUAAGACCAUUUCAUCAAAGUUACGUAUGACUGCUAAAAGCAUCAAAACAAUCCACUUGAAAAGUCAGACGUCUGUGGCUCUUCCCAUCUACACGUCUAAUCUCAGUCAUCUCACACUGCUGGAGGAGGAACUGAAUAAAACCAGAUUAGCAAAGGCAGAGAAAAAGAAAACUGAGAAAUCAAACAUAAAGCAAAAGAAGGAGAGUGUUAAAGAUGUAGUUCAGAAAGAAGUUGAGCAGGAGGAGGAAGAGGAAAUACCACAGUUAGUGCCUAUUGAGUUGCCAAGCAAAAAGCCUAAACUGGAGGUUCCAUCUAAAAUGAAAAAGAAGGUGCCCAAGCCAGCUGCAGCCAAACAAGUACAGAAGAAAUUGGUCAAAAAGGCACCGAAAGGCCAAACACAGAAACGGAAGAAAGUGUCUGCCUAAAAUAACAUGUAUGGAUGGUUCACCAGGGGUUUUCUCACAUCCAUUAUAGCCUGUCCUAAUCAGUGCAGAGACAAGGACUUGUAAAGAAGACACCCCUGCUUUUGGUUAUACCUACCAUGUGGCCAAUAUGUAGAUUUAAGGCAAAUAAAUAUUAUUCAGUUA